AAAGACUUCAAUAGCAUCAAUGCCGUCCAGCUGAACUAGACAAGUUUUUAUUUUAUAUUUACUUUGUCAACAGCUCCUCAAUAAAUUAUACAAGCGCCAGCCAAUGUAAUCUUCCGCAACCCGAAAUUUAUAAGAGCAUCUCCAUGAUGCAAAUUGGAGAUGGACAGAACCGUGACUUGACAAUCUUAAAUGAAUUAGUCCUUCUUGACUACUAUAUAUUAUAUGUAAGGCAGUCUACUAGGGUUUCCCGGCUGCAUGAAUAAUCUAAUUGCAUCAAUGCAGCUCCUCCAAUUUGAUGCAAAAGUGUUACUGUCCCUUGUGUUGCUAGGGUUUAUAGGAUUGGUGGCACGUCUCUACAACGGGCUUGUUGCGAAGCCAAAGAGGCUUCGAUCCUUGCUAACCAAGCAAGGAAUCAAUGGACCUCCACAUACUAUUCUCCUGGGAAAUAUUUUGGAAAUAAAGAAGGCUCGAGGCUCCAGCAAUCCUACAAGUGAAUCCCCGACCUCUCACAACUGUGCUGCUCUUCUCUUUCCAUUUUUUGAGAAGUGGAGGAAGCUAUAUGGUGAAGUAUUUGUGUUUGCACUUGGAAACACACAAAUAUUAUAUGUGAACCAGCCUGACGCAGUGAGGGACAUUACAACGUGCACAUCAUUGGACUUGGGGAAACCAACGUAUCAAUUUAAAGAGCGCGGUCCUUUGCUUGGUCAAGGUAUUUUAACCUCAAAUGGCACCUCGUGGGUGCAUCAGCGCAAAAUCAUUGCUCCUGAACUAUACAUGGAGAAAGUUAAGGGAAUGGUUAACUUAAUCACGAAGUCUACAAUUACUCUGAUAAAUUCGUGGAACAGUAGAAUCGAGGCAGAGGGAGGAAUUUCUGACAUGAAAAUAGACAGCUACAUUGGAAGCUUCUCUGGCGAUGCUAUCUCAAGAGCUUGUUUUGGAAGCAACUAUUCCAAAGGGGAGGAGAUAUUUCAGAAACUAAAGCAAAUCCAGGAGGCAAUGGGGAGGAAAGCUUUUCUGGCCGGAAUUCCUGGAAUGAGGCACCUUCCCACUAAGAGCAAUAGGGAAGUUUGGGCCUUCGAAAAGGAGGCUAGCGCUUUGAUACUGCAGGUAGUGAAGGAAAGGCGGGCAGCAGAAAAUGAGAAAGACUUAUUGCAAAUUAUUCUUGAGAGUGCUAAAAACAGUAACCUUAGCCAAGAGGCAACAGACCGCUUCAUCGUUGAUAACUGCAAGAACAUAUACUUGGCCGGGUAUGAAACCACAGCAGUCGCUGCCACAUGGUGCCUCAUGCUGUUGGCUUCGAACCAAGAAUGGCAAGAACGUGUGAGAGCAGAGGCCCUUCAAGUUUGCCAGGGCCACAUUCCAGAUGCUGAUAUGGUGCGCAACAUGAAACAGCUAACAAUGGUCAUUCAUGAAUCAUUGCGCCUAUAUCCCCCGGUUAGUGUGGUGUCAAGGGAGGCUUUCAAGGACAUGAAGUUCGGGGACAUUCAUGUUCCAAAGGGUAUCAAUGUUUGGACAAUGGUGAUAACAUUGCACACUGAUCCGAAACUAUGGGGACCAGAUUCGUAUGCUUUCAACCCCAAGAGGUUUGCAAAUGGAAUCACAGGUGCUUGCAAGCUUCCACAGCUGUACAUGCCGUUCGGAGUUGGUCCUCGAGUGUGUCUUGGACAGUACUUUGCCAUGGUUGAACUCAAGGUUCUGAUAGCUCUCAUUGUAUCCAACUUCUCCUUCUCACUUUCUCCCAAGUACCGCCAUGCGCCUACUCUUAGAUUGGUCUUAGAGCCGGAACAUGGUGUUGAUCUCUUGGUGAAGAAGUUAUGACUAGGAGAAGCUAAAAUUGAAUAAAAGAGGUUGGUUGGGUUCCCUCCUCUCUAGAGUUUAGUUUGUUCACUUGUAAGCUUUUUAUUGACAUCGCUGAUGCCAAUUGGGUUUUGUUUAUUUGCACUACUGCUUGUAACUAUAUACUGAAAUUUCAUAAUAACAUGUUCGCUCUUCUUCUA